UCGAUUCGACCAAACCAAACCGAAACCCAAACCCCCCCCCGACUCGCUCGCACUCGACCAAACCCCCCUCGCCCUCCGUUCCGAUCUCCUCCGCCGUAGCAGCAGCAGCAGUAGUAGCCAUGGCGCCGGUGGAUCCCCACUCCUUCACCGACGGCGACCACCCGGUCACCGCCAAGGCGGCCCUCGCGUUCUACCUCGACUUCGCCGCCUCCACCAUCCACGCCUCCGCGCUCCUCACCCUCUCCGCGCCGCACUCCGGCGACCUCCUCCUCGACACCCGCGCCCUCACCGUCCACUCCGCCUCCACCACCUCCGACCCGCCGGCUCCCGUCCCGUUCUCGCUCGCCGACGCCGCCGACCCCGUCCUCGGCUCCGCGCUCACCCUCUCGCUCCCCCCCGACACCACCUCCUUCCUCCUCACCUUCUCGACCUCCCCCUCGGCGUCCGCGCUGCAGUGGCUCUCCCCGCCGCAGACGGCCUCCUCGCAGCCGUUCGUCUUCUCGCAGUGCCAGUCCAUCCACGCGCGGUCCGUCUUCCCCUGCCACGACACCCCCGCCGCGCGAAUUACCUUCUCGCUGCUGCUCAACGUCCCCACCCAGCUCUCCGCGGUCGCCGCCGCGCGCCACGUCUCCCGCCGGGACCCCCUGCCCUCGGACCACCGCGGCGCCUGCGACGACGCGCUGUGGUGCGCGCCUGGACGAAUCGUGGAGGAGUUCGAGAUGGAGCAGUCCGUGCCGCCCUACCUCUUCGCGUUUGCCGCCGGUGGGAUCGGGUUCAGGGACCUCGGUCCGAGGACGCGGGUGUAUGCUGAGGGAGGGGACAAGGUUCUGGAUGAGGCGGCGAGGGAGUUCGCCGGUGUCGAGGAGAUGGUCAAGGUUGGGGAGUCGCUGUUUGGGCCGUAUGAGUGGGAGAGGUUUGAUCUGCUGGUGUUGCCCCCCAGUUUCCCCUACGGUGGCAUGGAGAACCCUAGAAUGGUGUUCCUCACGCCCACAGUGAUCAAGGGGGAUGCUGCAGGGGCGCAGGUGGUGGCGCAUGAGCUCGCGCAUAGCUGGACCGGCAAUCUGAUCACUAACAAGACCAAUGAAGACUUUUGGCUAAAUGAGGGUUUCACAACAUAUGCUGAGAGGAGGAUUGUUGAGGUGGUGCAUGGGGAGGAGCGGGCAGCCUUAAACAUGGGCAUUGGAUGGCGGGGUUUGAACAGAAUGAUGGAGAGGUUUAAAGAUAACAUGGAGUUUACCAAGCUGAAGCCAAGUAUGGCAGGGAUUGACCCUGAUGAUGUGUAUUCAGAAGUUCCUUACGAGAAAGGCUUCCAGUUCCUUUGGCGGAUUGAGCGUCAGAUUGGUCGACCUGCAUUUGAUGAAUUCCUGAAGAAUUACAUUGCCACCUUUAAGUUCAAGUCGAUAGAUACAGAGACAUUCCUUGAGUUCCUGAAAACUAAUGUACCUGGAAUAGAAAACCAAAUUGACCUUCAGCUGUGGGUCAAGGGAACAGGUAUCCCUCCAGAUGCCAUGGAACCGGAUUCAGCUAUUUAUAAAAAGAUCUGUUCUCUAGCUGCAGAGUUCAAGUCUGGAAAACUUCCAAGUGAAGAUGAGGUAGCAGACUGGAGUGGACAGGAAUGGGAACUUUACUUGGAAAACUUACCCACAGAUGUUGAAGCUUCACAGGUUACUGCACUUGAUGAGCGGUACAAGCUAUCUGAAAGUCGUGACUACGAGGUGAAAGUUGCGUUUCUCCAGCUCGCAAUCCCCACUGGCUGCAGAUGCUACUUCAACGAGGUCGAGAAAUGCUUGAAGCAAGUGGGGAGGAUGAAGUACCUUCGCCCGCUCUACAGCUCGCUGGCUCGAUGCUCCGGGGAGGAGAAGAUGCUUGCCCACAGGAUCUUCUCGGAGGCGCAUGAGUUUUAUCAUCCCAUUGCUCGUAGCGUCGCAGAGAGCAUCCUCUCAAAGCAUGGCUAGCUGUACUAUCCUAGGCUAUCUGGACCUAUCCUAUAUCCGCUGAACCUUAAGUAGGAAGAGCCUCUGAUGCUUAUCGACUGUGUUUGCUCACUAGUUUCUUCCUUUCUUUUGCAUAAAUUAUCGCUCUGUGGAGUAACCCUGGUAAAAACUGGGAGCUCAAAACUGUGCACUGAUGAUAUACAUUUGUGAAUUGUGACUGUAUGCAUCCUAGUCCUAUGA